UUGAUUCGUAAUCAUAUCAUUAUUUAAAACAAAAACUACAUAAGGGUCCAGAGACGACUAGAGAUAUUUAAAUCAUUCUCAAUUCAUAUUUUGAAUACAUUUCAUUUCUUGAAACACUUAUUUAUUGAGAAAAUUAUUUUGAAAAAAAAACAAUGACGGUCGUUGCUGAAAACAAUAAUAAUGAUCAACAAAAUAAACAGCAACCUAAACAACCUUCACCUCCACCAUCAACGCCAUCUGUAUCGCAAUCAAAUCUUCAAUCACCGCAACAAGCACAACCACCAUUACAUCCGCCACAAAGAAAAAUAUCUACAAGUAGCGGUGCAAAACCAUUUCCUAUUCGGGGUGAUCGAACGACUACCUAUGUAAAUAUACCGCAUGUUAUUGCAAUGGUGGGCCUUCCGGCUCGUGGCAAAACAUAUAUUGGAAAAAAAUUGACCCGUUAUAUGAAUUGGAUCGGUAUCAAAACACGUGUAUUCAAUGUUGGUGAAUACAGGCGUCAGGCUACGAAAUUAUAUCGUAAUCAUGAUUUUUUUCGUCCUGAUAAUAAAGAUGCACAAGUUAUUCGAAGUCAAUGCGCGUUAGCCGCACUCAAAGAUAUGUGUAUGUGGCUUGAAGAUGGUAAUGGUGAAUUAGCCGUUUAUGAUGCAACAAAUACAACAUUCGAACGUCGAGAAUUGAUCAAUGAAUUUGUUGUCGAAAAAUAUGGAUUCAAAUUAUUCUUUGUCGAAUCCUAUUGUAAUGAUCCGCAAAUCAUUGAAGCCAAUGUCAAGGAAGUAAAAGUUCAUAGCCCAGAUUAUCGUGAUAUGAGUCAGGAUGAAGCGCUUCGUGAUUUUAUGGUACGAAUUUCGCAUUAUGAACAAGUAUAUGAACCAUUAUGUGAAGAACGUGAAAAACAGCUAUCAUUCAUGCGAAUAUUUAAUGCCGGUGAACGUGUACUUGUUCAUCGACAUGAAGGUCAUAUUCAAUCACGAGUGGUUUAUUAUCUAAUGAAUAUUCAUAUAACUCCACGAUCAAUUUAUCUUACAAGACAUGGUGAAUCUGUUUAUAAUCUAUUGGGUCGAAUUGGUGGUGAUGCUGAACUAUCGGAACGUGGUUGGGAAUAUUCACGUGCAUUGGCACAAUAUAUCCAUGAACAGGCUAUACCACGUCUUCGUGUAUGGACAUCACAAUUAAAACGUACAUGUCAAACAUCGGAAUUGAUACAGGCACCACAAGAACGAUGGAAAGCAUUGAAUGAAAUUGAUGCCGGUAUCUGUGAAGAGAUGACCUACGAAGAAAUUCAGCAAAAAUAUCCAGAAGAAUUUGCCCUUCGUGAUCAAAAUAAAUUCCAUUAUCGAUAUCCAAAAGGAGAGUCAUAUGAAGAUUUGGUUGCACGAUUAGAACCAGUUAUAAUGGAAUUGGAACGACAAGAAAACGUAUUGGUUGUUGCUCAUCAAGCCGUUAUACGUUGUUUAUUGGCAUAUUUUCUUGAUAAACCACAAGAGGAAUUACCCUAUCUAAAAGUACCAUUACAUACAAUUAUGAAAUUAACACCGGUUGCAUAUGGUUGUGAAUUGGAAGAGAUUAAAGUACCGAUACCGGCUGUCAAUACACAUCGUGAAAAACCAAUGAGGGUGGCUACUAUACAACAAGAUUUUAAUAAUGGACGAUCACGAUCAUCAUCAUUAAUAUCAUCAUCAUCUGGUCCACAUUCACCAAUCACAUUACAUGGUAGUAAUAAUGGAUUGGGUAAAAAAUUUCGUUUCAUUAUGGAUCGACAAUCAAAAGAACAACAACAACAACAACAAAAUAAUUUUGAUUCAAUUAAUCAUCAUUUGGAACGUAUUGAUGAUGAUGAACAACAUGAAAAGGACAAAGAAUGGUUUACACCAUAUCGAUCACCACCAACAACAGCAUCAAUUGAUGGUAUUCCUGAUCUAAUAAUUAGUAAUGAAAAAAAUGUCUUAAUUUCUACAGAAUUCAAAUCAAACAGUGAUAAUGAUGAUGGUGACGGUAAUGAUGAUGAUGAUAAUGAUGAUGAUGAUAGAUUAUCAUCACUUAGUUCAUCAUUACCAACUUUAAAUCGUCUAAAUAUAAUGAUGGAAUAUAAUCGUUAUCGUAAAAUUAGUGCACCAUCAUCAUCAUUUACAUUUAAUCGUACAACACAACAAUUUCAUCUAAAACAAUUACGACAGAUUCUUGGUUCUGAAUAUUUUGAUUUUUGAUUUUUGUUGUUUUUUUUUCUUCUUUUUCUUUAAUCUCUAUAUGCGU